CUAGACUCGAACACAACAUAUUCGACUAGAGAGCGUUCGUAUUAAUAUUUUGUUUUGGAUUUUUGAUUAAGAUAAAGACGCUUUGCCAUAGACAUGGAAGCGACAAUGCCACAGCCACAACCAACAGAAGUAUUCCAGUCACAAUUACCCCCAGAGUUUCAGCAGGUGCAGCGGGAGCUGCCCUUUGACCAGCGCAACUGGUUGGCCAUAGUGCAUGGACAGCAGAGCGCUGAGCGCGCAGUAGAUGCGCAGCUGUUGGGCCACGAGACGCAGCAGCAGUACCGCAGACGCGUGAGGGAGCGCAACAGGCGGCGCCAGCAGCUGCGGGAGACUCUGGCCGAUGCCAUGCCCUGGUCCGAUGCCCACUUUCUGACCACAAAUGUGCACAGCGAAGAGCCGAACGAGUGCAACUCCGACGCAGACUGGCAGCAGAUGCUGCAGCUCAAUCUGGGCGCCACGGUGCGCGUGACAGUGGGUCCGGCCACCUUCUGGUGCAUUGGUGCCCUGCUGCGUCGCCACAGCAGCUACUUCAGACGGCAGCCGAUGCUGGAGACGUACAGCCUGCCGGAGUUGACGCCGUUGGGCUUUCGGGCAGCGUAUGACUGGAUGCGGCUGCAGCAGCCGCUCGAUAGCAGCUCGCAGAUCGCAAAGCACAAUGAGCCGGAGCGGAUUGUGGAUCUGCUGUACACAGCACAGCACUUGAAUAUGUUCGAGCUGGAGAUGCUGUGCCAUCGCCGGCUGGGCUCGAACGACUUCCAGGAGCGCCGGGCGCUGCAGGUGUACAGCCGUGCCCAAAAAUACGCCAGCUCGGCCAUGGGCAAUCUCUGCCAGUCGAUGCUGCAGCAUGUGGGCAAGUACUUCCUGACGCUGGUGGGCAGCCUGGAGUACGCGAGAAUGCCGCUGGAGGAUGUGUGCGUGCUGCUGCAGCAGGACAACAUUGGCGUCAACACGGAACUCGAAGUGUUGUACGCUGCCCUGCGCUGGAUGUGCAUCUUUCCGCAGCAGCGCAUCUCCGCGCUGCCCCGCCUGAUGGAGUGCGUGCGCUUCACGCGCAUGCCCCGAGGCCGGAUUAUGGAAAUUUGGUUCUGCCUGUUGAGGCCACGUCGAAGAUUGCCCCACGGCCUGCACUUGCUCAGCGAUCCCAUUAUCUUCCGGGCCGUCGCCUACUGCCCCGGACUGUUCGAGCGUGCAGAAAGGGCGUUUGACGUCACCAAUCAAUGGCCGCAGCUCGAAAAUCGUUUGAUGCCGAGUUCCCUUGAUCUCCGACUGGAGAAUGUGCGCGAGUGGCUCUACGACGAGUGCUGCCCCUACCACAUACAGACUCCCAAUUCGCACAACCGAAUGAAUGCGUCCUCCAAGGACUUCAUCAAUUAUGCCAUCUCGCUGGCCCACAAGGAUCGCGAGCUGCUGCACGCCCAGGAGCAGGAGAUGACUAAGCUCUGGGAGCCGCUGUGGGAUCCGCAACGCGAUUGGCCGAACGCUCGACCCGAAGUCCCUGUCCACUUCGGGCCACCACCCAGGGCGGCGGAUACGACGACGUUCAGCGCUGCAGCCGACUGCCUGCGGGACCUGCUGGAAGAGGUCUGCGAUGCAAGCGAUUCGAGCGAUACCGAUGACACAGAUGCCGCAGCUUUCACAUUUGACACAGAUAGCACAGAUAGCACAUUUGACACGUAUGAAUCAGAUGACUCGUCGAUCUUUAAUCGGAGAUUAAUGGACAAUCAGUAUUUGUCGCCAGACCACUCGAUGUUGCUGAGCGGCUACAGCAGUCCCACCAAUUAUGCCCGCUCUUGGCAGGCAACGUCCGCCUGGGUGCGCGACGUGCAGGCACUCCAGCAGUCAUCUCUCCGCAGCGGCGGUGCGACCAAACGUAUCGGUGGAUCGGCUGUACGAGUCUAUGGUAAACAAUGAGUUGAAAGACUUUCUGCGCAAAAACAAAUGCACAAGAGUCGACUGUGCCAAGUGGCGCAGGCAGAACGGCUACGCAUCGGACCCCAAUGAUGCACAAUUGAAGGCAUUGUGCCAGUUCAAACAUGACAUGGGCAAUCCCACACUGCUGGUGCCCUUCUUUCAGCUAUACAAAGAGAGAUGUCAAAUUAUGGCGGAACCCUUGCCAUGUCCGCUGGAGGAUCCACCAGUACAGCCGCUGGCGGCACAACUACAACAAACCGACAAACAGAUUGGCGAGCUCCAAGCCGCCAUCGAAUUUGAGUGCCAGG